AUGGACGAUCAAGAGCAGGUUUUACUAGGGGGGCCAUGGAUGAUCUUCAGUCACUAUAUUGCCGUCAAGCCAUGGACACCGAAUUUUAAACCUUGUGAGGACACUUUUGGGGAGACUAUGGUUUGGAUUAGAAUUGCUGGUUUGAGCAUAUGGUACUAUCAGGAUAAAGCCAUUAUGAGAAUUGCUUCUGCUUCGGCGGAGCGGGGGAAAUUUGCUCGGACUUACGUGCAAAUUAAUCUUGGUUUUUUGCUGGUCCAGAGUGUGAUUAUCGAUGAGUUUAAAUACAAGGUGGAGUAUGAAUGCUUACACCUUAUUUGUGAUAAGUGCAAUUAUUUCGGGUAUCCAGCAACUGACUGCAGAAUGACCCCAAUAGAGUCAGAAAAGGUGGAUCGAAAGGAAACAUCAGUGACCGAGACGACGACCCGGGUGGUGCAGCCACAAGAAGCCUCAAAGGAAAAAAUUUUUUGA